AUGAGUACUCGAGUGUUGAAUGAUAUUCAUAACGAUUUAAAACAACUUAUAACAGUGCUUACAUCAUUUGAGGAAGAUGAAGAAGGAUUUCGGAUAUGUGAACGAUUCUGUUUAUCAAAUAUUAAACACCAUCGCUAUCUUUCUAUUGAUAGUCAUGCUACCAAGGAAGCAAUAAAUGCAGUGAUUACUAAAUUUUCUAUCCAUGGAAAAUUUGAGAUUGCUAAAAAGUUUCAGGAACUGAUUGAUUCUUUCUUGUCCAGUUUUAAUUUUGAGCAACAUCCACAGUACGAUCUACAGUGGUAUUUGUUGACGUUCUUAUUAGAUUUAUCUACUGAAACGCAUAAGUCUAAUUUAGACAGCUUAAAACUCAUACGUGGGGAACACAGUUUUAAUAUUGGGAAUGAAGAUAGCAUUACGGAUGAAAUUGAUUGGGCACAGUAUUUAAAGGAAGGCCAGGAAAAUUUCUUUUGUGAUUAUAAAAGUGAUGAUAGCGAGAGCGAAUGGUCUGAUUUAACAGAAGAAGGAACCGAUGAAAAUGAUAUUUCUUUACCAACACAAAUAUGUAAUAUUCAAUUAGAUAUUGCACAGCCUCUCGAAGUUUCUGAUGGUACAACAGAUAAAUUCUCCCUGGCAUUAGUACAAAAUCUUGAAUCUAGGAAGUGGCUCUUAUCAAAUGUUCAAACUGAUUGGUGGAAUAAUCUAAAAUGUCAAAAGUAUUCUGUUAUUAAACGAUCUUGUGACACCAGUAUAUGUGAUAUAUGGCAUGAGACAAAUUUGUCAGCUGUGUAUAAAGUGGCUACACUCAGUGAAUAUCAAGUAUGCAGAGAAUUGUUAUGGAUGUUUUAUGUUCAAACGUCAAUGGUAGUGUUUCAAGAAGAUGAUAAGUCAAAAUUCUCAAUACGUUCGAAUAUAUCUAUACCGAGUUUGACAACUACUGCUUUUAAAAGUAUCUUAACACCAUUUUGCGAAUAUUUUUCGAUGAUAUAUGAUAUUGAAAAAUUUGGAUCAGAUUUGGAAUUAACUUAUAAUCAAGAAUUGGAAGUUCAGAAUCCUCCUUUGACCUACGAAGCAUAUAAUGCUGCACUUAGGCAAUAUCUAUAUGAAUUUAAGAUUGAAGUAAUUAAUAUGGAAAAAGAUAUUAUGAAGCAAGAAAAUUGCAAUACAUUUUUAUCUCUAUCAGCUAAACUGAGAAGACAUUUGAAUAUUAUAAAAAUAAUCUAUGACAUACAUCAGAAUAUUAUAACUGAUUGGAAAGUUAAUCCUAAUUGGAAAUGUGCAUCUCGACUAUUAUCAUCUUUAUAUUAUGAAAUGCAAAAUUCUCAUAGUCAGGAAAGAACAAAUAUUUGUAUAAAUUUGUACCUACGUAGCCUUACUGUUUAUCUUAACAUAAUUGAUACUUGGCUAAGUGAAGGUCGAUUAGAGGAUUGGCGAGAUGAAUUUAUAAUUGUAAGGGUCACAGAAGAUGAAAACGAUGAACAAAUUGAAAAAUUUACGAUUCGAUUAUCAGAUAAUAUCUGCUUGACAGAUCCAAUUAUGCAAUUUUUGUUGCAAAAAGUGCAACAUAUGGGUCAUAGUAUUGAAUUACUUGUAUCUUUAGACCGAAUCACUGAUAUAUGGAGAAUGGAUAAUGAAGAUAAUGACGUGAGGAUUUCAUUAAACAUUGAACUUCAAAGUAAAUUGUUGUCUGAAAUAUCUAAGUAUAGUCCAUCAGUGGAAGAGACAGAUACUACACUGCAAUUAGAUGAAAUAUUCUUACAAGAACAUGAUGCUGAUAUUGAAAAGAAUAUAAUACAACAAUUGUCAACUUUACACAAUCCUUUUUUUAUGAAAGCCAUGGAAGAUUACAUGCCGUGUGAAUUAUAUAAAAACGAUACAGUGGAUGCUCCUGUGCAUAAUACUCACGAUUCUAAAGCAAAGCAAGACCAGAUACAUAACUUAUACAAAGAACUACAAAAGAUAAAGUAUAUAUUGCCAAUACAAACCAUUUUAAAGAAAACAUUGUCUGAGAUUUUAAUGUUACGUUAUAACAGUGCUAGCAAAUUAGUAAAAAAUAUUAUGAUUGAUGAAUACAAGCUGCAAACACAUUUAAAGCUAUUGAGGUUUGUUUAUAUGAUGGAAGCUGGACACGUUAUGAAUAAAUUCUAUCAAAUCUUAUUUUACGAGAUUGAAAAUAAUCAAAUGUGGGCUAAUUCGUAUUUUCUGUCAUGUAUUCUUGAAGAAAUAUUUUCUCAAUAUUGGCCAGAUACAAGUUCACGCUGGUCAGUUACAGUUCAUGGCAAUAUCACUACUCAUCAAGUAUUACAAGCUGUAAAUAACAUAACACUGCAUUAUACAGUGGAAUGGCCUAUAAGUAUUGUAUUAACUAAAAAAGUUUUGGAAAAGUACAAUGAGAUAUUUAGAUUUCAAUUGAAAUUAAAAUAUGCCUUGUGGACAUUAAAUAACUUAAGAUUUUGUGAUCUAGAGGAUUCUAAGACAUCGUGUAUAAAAGAUAGAAUGGAACAGUUUCAGAUAAGACGUCUUGAGAGCUUGAGAUUUUGGUUAUUACACGCGAUAGGAUCUAUACAUACAUAUUUGUCCGGUCAAGUAUUACAGAGCCUGGGUUUUAUACUAGAAAAAGUUCUAACUCAGGCAGAUAGUCUCGAUACUAUUAUAUUAGUGCAUAAUGAAUAUUUGAGCAAAGUUUACGAGCAUUGUUUAUUAACAGAGGAAUUUAAAGAUUUAAUGACAACUAUAAAUAAUAUGAUUGAAAUGUGUAUUCACAUACGAGAUCGGUGGUCACGCAAAAAAUUAUUGUUAGCUGCUACAGAAUUGGAUGUGAUGGAGCACAGUUAUAUAAAGUAUCAUACGUAUCUUGCCUUAGCUUUGCACAAUGCAGUACAACAUAAGGAUGCGGAUUAUUUGACUGCCUUAAGUUCAGCCUUUAAUUGCAGUAUGCCGUGUGCUUAAUUCUGUAUUAAUAAAAUAUCAACUCUUAUCGAUUUAAUAAUAUUACCAGUGUGUAUUUUGAUUUUUCCAUUUGGGAUUAACAACAUCAAUUCCAUUUCACUUAUAUCAAUCAUUGCUUUAUACUA